AAUUUAUGCUCUGUACUGCAAUUUUUUUAAUUUAAAAUUUGUUUAAAAAAUAUUUUAUUGGAUCAGAUUUUUGUAUUUAAUUUGUUAAAUAAGUCAUUGUUUGGUAAUCAUAUGUCUUCGGGUGUUGUUCUACUCAAAAUUUGCAUUAGAUUACUGAAUACCUCUUCAAGAUGACAACUGUGAUGAGCAACAACGUUAUUAAAAUAUCCACGAGUAAAUCGCCAGCUAAAAAUAUAGUCAUCAAUUCGGAAUCUCGAUACCCAAAAACUUGUGAUUACUGUCGCGACAUAUUCAACUCUGAAUAUUCGUACAAGCGACAUAAAGAAACAGGCAAAUGUUUUCGAUUCUGUAGGUUACGUGAAGAAAAACGUCUGCAGCGGGCAAAAACACCCAAAACGUCGAUUUACCCGCGUCGAUGCAACAAAUGCUCGAAAGUUUACAAAAACAAGCAUUCUUAUUAUAAACACAAACGUCGAUGCGUUGGAGGCAGCUUUGAUGACGACGAUGUGAAUAACGAUGAUGAAUUCAGCAACGCUGCUGAUGAUGAUGAUGAUGAACUUGUCAGUGUUGAUGUCGAUGUCGUCGAAGUAGACGGUAACAGUAUUGAGAAUAUACCUGUCACCGAUAAUAAAGAGAAUAUCGACGAUAUUACUUCGAAUUUCAUUCUAACUUUGGACGUGGAUAAGAAUUUCAGCGAUGACAGUAGCCUGUACCCGAGAAUCUGCGAACUUUGCCAUAAAGUGUUCAAAACGCAGGAUCAAUUCGAGAUGCAUAAAGCGAACACAAAAUGUUCUGGAAUCGAAGUGAGAAAAAAACCACCGCAGCCUAUAAUGAAAGUGAAUUCUACUUCGAUACAUUAUCGUCGUUGUGGUAAUUGUAACAAAGUCAUUAAUCAUAAACAACUCUACAAUAAUCACAUCAAGAGAUGUGGCAAAGUAUUGUCAACUGUUGCUGUUUUAAAACAAGCUUUCGAUUUUGUACCAGUUGCUCAACCUACGUUACCGCCACCAACGUCAGAUUCUCGUACAUCGCCAGAGACCAACACGCAGUCAUCGUAUUCUAAAUUAUGUAACGCAUGUGGAGUGAUUUUCGGUACAAAAAGAAGCCUAAGUCAGCACUCCUGUCCGGCUAAAAGUAAUUCACCAGAAACUGAUGCUACCAACGGCAUGUAUCCUAGAACUUGCGAUCAUUGCAACUUGUCUUUCCGCUCUAAAUGGCAAUUUUAUCGCCAUAAAGCUAAAUGUGCCGGCUACCAAGACAGCGCGUUAGAUAAAGCAGACGAUUCGUACGUUAGUUGUGAUUAUUGUCUGAGAAAAUUCCAGACGUAUUUGCUAUACACCGAACAUGUGAAAACUUCUCAUCCCGAAGUAAAAGUUAUACAAAUGCCGGUGAAACAAAAGUACAAGUAUCCUAGAAAAUGUUUGAGAUGCUUCGUCGUCUACUCGACUGCUCAAACGUUUUGCAAUCAUAAAAAAAAAUGUGCUCUCAGAGACCCGCGUUCAUUCGACGGCGAAUUCUCACAAGACCCAAAUGCGGAAAUAGGUCCUGAAUCGAGAACUUGCAAAGAAUGUUUUCACACGUACUCGAAUCGUCAGUCAUUUUGUAACCAUAGAGCGAGAGGACUUUGCCAAAAGUUUGCUGCGAAUAAAAUGUAUCCAAGACGAUGCGAAUUUUGCUCCAAUAUAUAUUCUAGUAAGCAAACUUAUCACCAUCAUAAAAUCAGAUGCCCGAAUUUUGGCAAAGAAGAAGCUCGUAGAGUUCGAACGCCAAUGUAUCCUCGCACUUGUAACCGAUGCAAUCGUACCUUCGCGUAUAAACAGGUCUACUAUAAACACCAGAAAGCUUGUGAAAAUCAACACAAUACAACAUCGGUAGAAGACGAAAUCGACGACUCGAGUGUAGAUCAUACCGAUCUUGAUUACGAACCUCUGCCUACAUCGAGUUCCUAUACUCCCAAAAUGUAUCCGAGAAUGUGCGAAUUCUGUCGUAAAACGUACGCUAAUCGUCAUUCAUUCAGUAAACAUAAACCACGCUGUGUUCCAGUUUCACCAGUCGUCAAUAUCACCGAAGAUGCGGAUACUUCCGCGCAGAUUUCAGAAUCAUCGUUUUAUCCGCGAGAAUGCGAAAACUGUCUGGGAACUUUUCAAAACGCAGCAACUUUCAACGCCCAUAAAAUACGAUGCGAUUUCUUCGAAACCAAAGUAAACGAAUCGGAUUUUAGAUCUUACAUAAAGUCGAGCUGCGAACAUUGUCGUAACAUAGUGAAUCAGUACAGACGUAUUUUCCAUCAGCAUUUGGAGCAGUGCACAGAUCCGAUUAUUGUGACUCCAUAUCCGCCCUUGAUUACUCAACGCGAACCCCAACCUCAACCUAAACGGGUAUCGAAUAUUUUGGACGAAAGUAGUAUUUGCGACUGUUGCGGUUUGUUUUUCGAAACUAGGGAAGAAAUCGAAUUGCACAAAAAAUCAUUCCGGGUGCCCGAAGAUACUGCGGUUCUCGAAUGCGGCGUUUGCAUGGAAACAUUCGAUUCGAAAGAAGAGGCGGAAGUUCAUAAAGCGAGAUGUAUAUUGAACGUGAGCAACAAAACGUAUCCUAGGUUUUGCGAAUGCUGUAGGAAAAUUUAUAAAACCAAACAAACGUUCUACAAUCAUAAGAAAAAUUGCCACGUGCAUUGUUUGAAGUAUUUCGUGUUGAAAGACUGCGAUAAUUGCAAGUUACCUUUUAAAUGCGAAAAAAUGUACAUGGAACAUGUGCAAAAAUGUGUGCCACUUGGCGAUGCAGAUAUUGCAGCCGAAUGCGAAGUUUCUGUCGAACCAAUGGAUGAACAGAUCCUUGGCGCGUGAAUUUCUCAAUGAUUAUUUUAGUGUUGUAUAGUGUUAUGAUUAUGACCAUUUUUUUAAAAAAUAUAAUUCAUUAUUCGUA